UAUGAUCACUUUAAAAACAAAAAAUCACUUUUUUUGUAAAAAACAUGUUAUAAAAAUUAAGAAAUUAAGUAUUUAAUGGCUAUCAAGUCUUCCAUAAAUAUAAGUGAUACAUUUAACUAGUGUUCAUUGGCGUUUGACAAAUGUGUAGCUACAGUUAAACAGAUCUUCAAAUAUACAAUUUUUAAUACGGUUAACCGAAGCUUGAACAUGUGGCACCAACAAAUUUGGAAGAUUUUAAUGCUCAUGUUCUUGUGUUUACAAAUAACAAGUCAAGUGAAAAGGCAAAAAACUUCAGUUAUAUCUGACAUUGGUGAUAUCAAAGAGUUCAAGAAGUUGUUACGGUCAAAAACGAAUAUUUUAGUACUUUAUGUGAAUAACCAAAAGUUGUCGCAGAAUGUAACGGACGUGUUUAAAGAUGCGGCUGACAGUAUGAAAGGACAAGCAACAUUAGUCACUAUUGACUGCAGUGGCAGUGAAGGCAAAAAGCUUUGCAAGAAGCUUAAAGUAUCACUCGAUAAGCCUUAUAGUAUCAAGCAUUAUAAAGAUGGGGAGUUCCACAAGGAUUAUGACAGAGGAGUCACUGUUAGUGCAAUGGUGAAUUUCCUUAGAGAUCCUACAGGAGACCUGCCCUGGGAAGAGGACCCUCAAGCAACUGACAUCAUGCAUCUCUUGGAUGGCGAGGCAUUGACAAAGUUUCUGAAAAAAGGGAUCGCUACUUAUAAAAGAUCAUUGGUGAUGUUCUACGCUCCAUGGUGUGGGUACUGCAAAACCCUAAAACCAGAUUAUGUUGCAGCUGCAAGUGAUUUAAAGGGUGAAGCAAUACUAGCUGCCAUAGAUGUGUCAAAGCCGGGAAAUUCUAAAAUAAGGCAACUGUACAAUAUUACCGGUUUCCCAACGCUACUAUUUUUCGAGAAAGGCCAGUAUCGUUUCCCUUACAAUGGCGACAACAAACGACAAGCGAUAGUGGAUUUCAUGAGGGACCCCUCCUCACAGCUGCAGAAGAAGAAGGAGGUGGUUGAUGACAGUUGGUCAGAGGACAGUGAUGUGGUGCAUUUGACGGUGGAUACCUUUGACAGUGUACUAGCAAAGGCUGAUAACGCAUUGGUCGUGUUCUACGCACCCUGGUGUGGACACUGCAAACGUAUAAAACCAGAGUUCGAAAAGGCAGCCGCCAGGAUCAAAGAUCAAAAAAUAAACGGUUUGUUAGCGGCAGUGGACGCCACUAAGCAGCCGGACCUAGCGUCGCGCUUUGGCGUGAAAGGUUACCCAACGCUAAAGUACUUCAGUAAGGGCGAGUACCAGUACGAUGCGGGACACGCGCGCCAGGAACAACAGAUUAUUGAUUUCAUUAAGUCUCCACAAGAGCCGCCACCGCCGCCGCCGCCCGAGAAGCCGUGGAGCGAGGAGGAGAGCGCCGUGCGCCACCUCGACACCGCGACCUUCAGAAGCACGCUGCGCAAGAUCAAGCACGCCAUUGUCAUGUUCUACGCGCCCUGGUGCGGACAUUGCAAGAGUACAAAGCCAGAGUUCACCGAAGCAGCGGAGCAAUUCGCCGACGAACUGAUGGUGGCCUUCGCCGCUGUCGAUUGCACCACACAGCAGGAACUAUGUUCCAAUUACGACGUCAAGGGAUACCCCACCCUCAAGUACUUUAGCUACUUCGACAAGCUUGUUCAGGACUACAGUGGGGGUAGAAAGAAAGCGGACUUCGUGUCGUUCAUACAUAGUCAAAUGGGCGAACAGCGAGCUAAGGAAAGCACGAAGAGUAACCAGGAGGCAGGGUUCGGGGUGAAUGUGCAAUUGGCUGGAGAUAGCGAUUUCCAAGACGUCAUCGCCUCACCGAAUCCGACCUUUGUCAUGUUUUAUGCCACAUGGUGCGGCCACUGUUCAACAGUCAAACCAGCCUACAGUCGUCUGGCAACCGCUCUAAAGAACGAAAACAGUCCAAUCAAAGUGAUUGCAGUCGAAGCAGCAGAUAAUCCUAAAGUGGCAGACUUCGCUGGCGUACAAACACUGCCAACUUUCAAAAUCUACGCGAAUGGAAAGCACUUGGCUGACUACGAGGGUGAUAGAUCUACCGAGGACAUGCUUAACUUCUGCAAAACAUAUUUAAAGGUAAAAGACGAAUUGUGAUAUCACCAUCAUGUUUGAAUCCGCAAUUAAUUUAUAAUGCAUACAAAAUGAGAUGUCACUCGCCAUUUGAACUUUAUGUGUCAACUGUCACGUGAAAAGUACGAUUUAGUCCUUAUUUUAAAGGUGAACCGUACUUUUAACAUGCCAGUUGACACAGAGUUAAAAUGGCGAGUAAGUAAUUUUGUACGGACUAUACUUUAACUACAUAUCAAUCAAAUCUAUGUACGUAACAGAUUUUUUUUUUAAAUUUAUACUUUUCUACUAUUUUAUAAUAUUUAUUAGUUUUUACCCACACUUGAAGGAAUUUAUAAAAUAAAUUUUGAGUCGUAUUUAAAGCGGCGGCAAAUAAAUUGUAACCCCCAACCCAAAAAGAGGGGUGUUAUAAGUUUGACGUGUGUGUGUAUCUGUCUGUGGCAUCAUAGCUC